AUGAAAUGGCAAGCAAAAGAAGGACAUUAUGAAGGGUUUUCUAGUCUGAUUAAAAUUUUAGAUACAUGUUUAAAACUUGGAGUUAAAGUGGUAACUGUAUAUGCAUUUAGUAUAGAGAAUUUCAAACGAUCAAAAGAUGAAGUUGAUGUAUUGAUGGAAUUAGCAAAAGUAAAAAUGAUUGAAAUAUGUGAGAAAAGGGAGUUAUUAAAAGAUCAUGGAUUUUGUAUAAGAAUAUUAGGAAAUUUAUCAUAUCUUUCUAGUGAAAUCAAAGAACUUGUGGAAAAAGUUGUUGAAGCUACAAAACAUAAUGACAGAGCAACCUUGAAUAUAUGUUUUCCUUAUACUUCAAGAGAUGAAAUGACCAAUUCAGUUAAAAUUAUUAUGAAAAUGAUUGAAAAUGAUCAAAUUCAAAUAAAUGAUAUAGAUGAAAAAUUAUUUGAACAUUGUUUAUAUACCAAUGAAUCUCCACCUUUAGAUAUAUUAAUACGUACAUCUGGAGAAAUUAGAUUAAGUGAUUUUCUUUUAUGGCAGACAUCUCAUGUUUGUUGCAGUGCGAAUAAUGCGCCUAUAAAUAAUAUUCAGCUUAAUAUUAACGAAUUCACCUUGUAA